UCUCGGUAUCAACAAUUCAAAGACUUCCAGCGUCGUAUCUUGGUGGCCACUAAUCUUUUUGGCCGUGGGAUGGACAUAGAGCGAGUCAACAUAGUCUUCAACUAUGAUAUGCCUGAGGAUUCCGAUACCUAUUUACACAGGGUGGCCCGGGCUGGGCGCUUUGGUACGAAAGGCUUGGCGAUUACCUUUGUGUCGGAUGAAGGUGAUGCCAAAAUCCUUAAUGAAGUACAGGAUCGCUUUGAGGUCAACGUGGCUGAGCUCCCAGAAGAGAUAGACAUCUCCUCUUAUAUAGAACAAAGCCGGUAGCCUUGAGUUCACGGAACCCAGAAUGGAACAGGAGGUUGAGCGCACAUCCCACGUCUUCUGCUGAACUCAGAUGAAUAUCUUCUUGAAAAGAUACGCUAUGCAAAAUGUAGGGAUGUUGGUUCUUAACGUGGAGUCUUACAAAGUGCCCAGAUGGUAUUUUUGCCUCAGCUCAAGCCUGGGGGCUUUUUUUAAUUAGAUGUUUCUAUUUUCUGAAUAGUCAGCCCCUGGGGCUAUGUUUC